AUGAGCUACUACGAUGGCAUGGACGCGGAGGAGUUCAGCCGUCUCCCGCACGACAACCGCAUGGGCGAUACGAUAACGGCUGUAGUUUUGUGUAUGUUCUUCGCGACGGUGGCUGUGUGUUUACGAUUAUACACGAGGCACUUCAUCCUGAGGGGAGUUUGGUACGAUGAUUAUAUGGCACUGGCCGGAAUGAUCGGAAUGCUCUCCAACGGCAUAGUACAAUGCGUACACACAGGAUACGGACUCGGCGAGCAUAUCUACGACAUACAGGACGAAAAAAAACUAGUUCAAUUCUUUAAAUUAUUCUACGUUAUGACAAUUACUUACAACACAACCUUGAUGCUUGUGAAAUUCAGUUUAUUCCUCCAGUAUUACCGGUUAAUCCAGGAGGUACCUCAUUACCGUAUAUUCUAUCUGGCCACGAUGGCUGUGGUUGGAGGUUGGCUUAUUGCACAAGAGUUCGCUCUUAUUUUUCCGUGUUCGCCCAUAGAAGAUUAUUGGACAUUCCGCCCCGAUCGCAAGUGUUUGGAUGGUAAUCUUCUCGGGUGGAUGAACGCUGUCGGCAAUAUCGUAACCGAUUUAAUCAUCCUCGCACUCCCUAUCCCAGUUGUGAUCGCUUUGAACUUGAAGAAGGGGAGGAAAUGGGCAGUUCUGGGCAUUUUCGCUCUGGGGUUCUUCACAUGUAUCGUAUCGAUAUGCCGCAUGGUAUUCUUCGCCAAGUUAACCGAUGAUCUCUCAUACGAUCUCGUGCCAGUUGCGGCGUGGGGAGAGGCCGAGUCUGCCUCUGGACUCAUCUGUUCGGCCCUCAUCGCCUUAGGCCCACUGAUCCGCCGAUUUUCCCGUCACUUUACACUUGUUAAAAAGACAACAAAUACACCACCAAAAUAUUCGCAGAAGUAUUUCGGUCCCAUGAACCCCUUUUCACGCCACAUCUCGAAUCGGGGCAAGAGCUUGUCAAGGACGAACGGUUCUAGGAGGCCUUUCGACGGUAGCGAGACGGAGCUCAAUCACAUAGACCCCGAACGAUCACGGAAAACAGAUGGGCAAGAUGACGGAAGAUCGAUCCGAAGUACCAAAUCAGAAUCGUCAAUGCCUAACCUUAAGCUAAACCUCGAGACUGGGAUAAAAACGAUCAUAAGUACGGGGAAUCGUGAUAGCAUUAAUUCCCAGUCAUUGUCCAUGGCACCUAACGGUAUUGUAGUAAAGCAAGUGUGGUCUGUCAGGAAUAGAGAGCCCGAUGAAGAGGACGGUUAA